AUGGUUGCACGCAAUCCGUGUAGUACUUUGACUGACACCAAAAGCAAACUCAUUGUUGGAGGUGAUCCGGUUUCUGAUCCCACUCUUUAUCGUAGUCUUCAUGGUGCUCCGCAAUACUUAACUUUCACACGUCCUGAUAUCGCAUAUGAUCUAAAACAAUUCUUUUUCUUUAUGCAUGACCCAUGUGUUCCGUAUUUUCAUGCUCUAAAGUGUAUAUUACGAUACCUUCAUGGUACCCUAAAAAAUGGUAUUCAUAUUCGUCCGUCUGCUGUUGAUCGUUUGGUCUCCUAUUAUGAUGUUGAUUCGGCCGGUUGUCCUACCACUCGCAGCUCCACUUUUGGGUUUUGUGUUUAUCUCAUCAAUAAUCUCAUCUCUUGGUACUCCAAACGGAAGUAUGACAUCUCUUGUUCUAUUAUCGAAGCCGAGUACCAGGGGGUAGCCAAAGUAGUUGCUGAAACUGUUAGGCUUCAGAAUCUUCUCCUCGAGUUAUAA